AAGCUGGAGUGUUCGCGUUGCCCAUUUACCUAUUAGUAUGACCACUUAAAAAAGUGCACUUGCUAAUGUGUCAACGAAAAAGUCAGUCAUUGAUUUAUAUCACAUUUUUAUUUCAGAACACAAAAUGAAAGUAUUUUUACACCGCACGUAGUGUUCAUUCCUUCUGAGCUUGGAGAAAGUGUUGACACUCGAGCAGCAGAGAAAAUGAUUUGCUGUGAGAAGUAUAAAAUGGAGAUCUUGAAGAUCACAUAAGAACUUAUACAAGAGAAAACGGCCUUAUAAACGGCACAAUAUGUGAAAACAGUUUUGUGAGGAAAUGAAAGUGGCUAAGACACGACACGGGUGAAAAUGAACUCUGAACUUAGUGAAGGUGAAUCAGACCAAUCAGACCAAUCAGACAGAGAAAUUGAUUCUGAUAGUGAUUCUGAACCUGAACCUGAACCUAAACCUGAAUCAGAUAUUGAACCUGCGCCGCAAUAUCAACCCUUACAUGAUAUUUCCAAAUUAUGUUUGAAUAUGGAGAACAGAAGGUUCCCAGAAUCUAGGGAUGGAGUGGAAUUGGACCAUGAUUGUUCUAGAAAGCAGGAGGAGAGAAUCAAACCCAAAGAAACUAAGGAUCAGAAAUGCAAUAACAAUUUGAAAUCGGCAUUGUUCAGUCACUUAGAUGAGAAACGUUACAAAUGCAAUAUAUGUGAAAAGAAAUUCCUAUGUAAGAGUAAAGUAGCAAGACACAUGGUUACUCACACAGGUGAAAAGCCACAUAAAUGUGGUAUAUGUGAAAAAUCCUUUGCACUGAAAGAAACUUUAAAAAGACACAUAAGAACUCACACAGGUGAAGAAAAGCCUUUAAUUUGCAAAAUAUGUAAAUUGUUCUUUGAACGGCAGUCUAAUUUGAUUGUUCACAUUAAAUCCCAUCAUGUCGAAGAUUAUGAAGAUAAGAAUUCUAAAGCUGACUCUACAUCGCGAUCUAAAACCAAGUGUGAUAUAAACCUUGAAUAUCAGCCUGAUCAACAAGAGCAGGAUCCGUUAAAGGACAGUUCUAGAAUACAAGAGGAGAAGAAGAGAAUCAACCUAAAAAUAACUCCAGUUAGAUCUGAGGAUUGUAAUGAGGUUGUUGAGCAACAACAGAAGCGUAAAAGAUCAACAUUAAUCCCUAGCAAACGCAUUGGAAUUGAUUUAAGAAAAAUCAAAUGGGAUCAGAAAUAUGAAGAAGAUCUCGAGAUUGAGGCUUCAGAAUCUGAUCAAGAAACUUUAUCUAUAAUUGAAAUUGAAUCUGAAUCUGAGCCGGAUCCAGAACCUAGAAAGAAUUCGCAGAAUAUACCGGAGGGCAAAGACUUGAGAAGGAGAAGGAAAGUAUUUGUGUGUAAUGACUGCGGAUUAAAAGUUAGCCAUAUAGCUAAUUUUAAAAGACAUAUUAAAACCCAUAACAGAGAACAAAUACUAGACUGUGAGUGUGAAGUUCGGGAAAAAAAGAUUCCGCGAAAAAGUUCUUCAUCAAUUUUAUUAAUAGACCUAGAAACAAACACAGUUGCAGUGCCUAAUAAAUGUGACACAAGUGAAAACAAAUUUGGGCAAAAUAGAAGCAUGAGAACUUCAUCAUUUAGCUGUCCUAGAUGCAGUGAACACACCUUUUUAAAGGAAAGUGAAUUUCUAGAACACAUAAAAAAACAUCAUAUUGUUUUUAAAUGUGGGUUGUGUGAGUCAGUGUUUCAACGACAGUCUAAUUUAACAGUGCACCUGAGAUCACAUACUAGUCAAAAUGUAACGAGUUUACAAUCUUCUGAGAGUGAAACUGAGCCGGAAGCACAAAAUAAAGAACAACCUGAACAACAUAAUGAACCUAUUGAACUGAACCUAGAACACGCUGAAAAGUCUGCACCGAAAGAAUCAAGCAAGAAUUUUGAGGAAACAGCUCAAGUUAAAGUUUCAAGAGGAAGUAAGAAGAGAUUUUCUCUUACUGGCGAUGCCCCAUGUUAUUGUCAAAUCUGCGACAAAAUGUUUUCCGAUAAAAAUAUUUUGACCAGACACUUAAGAAUUCAUACUGGUGAAAAAACUUUGCAAUGCAAAGUUUGUAAUCAAGCAUUUUCUCGGUUAGAUAGUUUAAAUCGUCACAUGCGCCGUUUUCAUACAAAACAAACUUUAUCUAAAACAAAACAAUCAUUUGUUCCUAAAAGUCAUCUGACCAGGACAAGAAGACACAUGCGUUCUCAUACGGAAGAAAAAUCAAUUAAAUGUCCCAUCUGUAGUAAAACAUUCACACGUACAGAUAGUGUAACUCGUCACAUGCACCUCUUACAUGCCAAAGAAAUAGUCUCAUCUAAAAGAGAAACUAACAAAUGUGAUUUAAAUUCAAACAGUCGUGUAAAGAAACGACAGUUAGAAUGUAAAAUAAGAAAAUCAUUCAUCCGUGCAAGUGAACUAACCAGGAAUAUUCUAGAAGCAGAAUAUAAAUCUGACCUUUCAACUGACGAGGAAUCUGAACCUAAGCAAUCCCAGGAUGAAGAGCAGGAGGAGGAUGAUGAUAAACUCUUACUGCAUCACAAGGAAAAGGGACAGCAAAACCAUGGACCUAGGCCUAAAUCCCAACAAGAAACUGAUUGUGAAACAGAUUUGUAUGAAUGUAAUAGAUGUGAUAAGACCUUUGUAUGGAGGCAUUCUUUAAAAGAACACACUAAAACUCACAAGAAACUCCCCUUUUACUGCAGUAGAUGUGGCAAAACGUUUUCAGAUAGCUGGAAAUUUUCUCGACACAUGAAAAUACACAUGAAAAAUGCUCAAAAACAGAGGAUGAAGAGAAAUGGUUGCCCAGAUCCUGAACUUAUAGAUAUUGAACAAGAAUUCACUCGUAAAAGGAAAAAGGUUGAGCAUGAUGAUGAUGGUGUUGAAAAUUAUGCUCAGCUGGAACUUGAAAUGGAACAAGAUCUUGAAGUUGAUUCUGCAAUUGUUCAGGGUCAUGCAGCAGGAAAUGGUCCUGGAAUGGUGAUCUAUAAUGAAGGGGUAAAUGAUCUUGAGAUGGAAAGUGAGAAUGAUUUGUCAAAUGACCAGGAGCUUCAAAUUGAAGGUGAUCAUGAUAGUGAUCCUGAACUUGUAAAUGAUCAUGCAGUAGGAAAUGAUCCUGGGAUGGUGAUCAAUAACGAAGAGGUAAAUGAUCUUGAGACAGGAACUAAAAAUGACCAGGAGCUUCAAAUUGAAGGUGACCAUGAAAGCGAUCAUGAACUUAGUGGGAAGGAGCUUGGAAGUGAACUUGACCCCCAGGCUGCUCCUGGUACAUUGAUUGAAGAAGAACCCCAGCCUGUUCCUGGUACAUUGAUUGAAGAAGAACCCCAGCCUGUUCCUGAUACAUUGAUUGAAGAAGAACACCAGCCUGUUCCAGGUACGUUGAUUGAAGAAGAACCCCAGCCUGUUCCUGGUACAUUGAUAGAAGAACCCCAACCUGUUCCUGGUACAUUGAUUGAAGAACCCCAGCCUGUUCCAGGUACAUUGAUUGAAGAAGAACACCAGCCUGUUCCUGGUACAUUGAUUGAUGAAGAACCCCAGUCUGUUCCAGGUACAUUGAUUGAAGAACCCCAGCCUGUUCCUGGUACAUUGAUUGAUGAAGAACCCCAGCCUGUUCCAGGUACAUUGAUUGAAGAAGAACCUCAGCCUGUUCCUGGUACAUUGAUUGAAGAAGAACCCGAGGCUGCUCCUGAUACAUUGAUUGAAGAAGAACCCCAGCCUGCUCCUGGUACAUUGAUUGAAGAAGAACCUCAGCCUGUUCCUGGUACAUUGAUUGAAGAAGAACCCCAGGCUGCUCCUGAUACAUUGAUUGAGGAAGAACCCCAGGCUGUUCCUGAUACAUUGAUUGAAGAAGAACCCCAGCCUGUUCCUGGUACAUUGAUUGAAGAACCCCAGCCUGUUCUUGGUACAUUGAUUGAAGAAGAACACCAUCCUGUUCCUGAUACAUUGAUUGAAGAAGAACACUUUGAACUAGUAAAAAACCAUUCACAGGAGAAUGAAAAUACUUCAAAAGAAAAUCAUCUUAUGUUGGAAAACAAAUGUGGAGAGGAAAAUGAGAUUUAUUCUAAAAUCAUUCUUACUCCGGAAAAUUAUCUUGACUUCUCUGAUCUAGAUUUUGAUAAUGAGGAUAUAAAUUAUCAGCUGGUAAGAAUUCCAGAACAUUGAAGAAUUCUUCAGAUAAAAAGGAUCCAGAAGAAGGAAAUCAUUUCAAUGAAAAUAAUGCUCACGCAGUAAAUAAUAUUGUAAAUGAGAAUGGAAUGAUAAAUUUAUCCAUCAGUAUAAAUGUUAAAAAAAUUAUUUGUUAAUUCAUCAAUUCAAGAAAUACUAAACUAGUUUGAAUAAAAUGAAAACUAUA